AGGUCCCCGCGCGGCUUCCGUCCUGGUUAAGAUGGCGACGCCCGGGGUCCCGCGGAGCGGUCGCAGAGGGUGCCACCGCCCUAGGCGAGGUCGGGCCGCCCCGUGCGGAAGAACCGCCCCCUGCCGCCACACCACCUCCGCCUAGCAAAGCAUCCCAGGGCCUGCCCGGGACAGUAGCCGCACCAUGGAUUCUUCCAGUCCAUCUAACUCUUGUUUUUCCGUCGGCUCCACCAGUCCCGGUGCUGUCGUGCUGCAUUACUCGAAGCAGCCCAAAAAGUGGGAUGAGUUUGAAGACAUUUUAGAGGAAAGGAGGCACAUCAGUGACUUGAAGUUCGCGAUGAAGUGUUACACCCCUCUCCUGUACAAGGGGAUCGUCCCGUGCAAGCCCAGCGACAUUAAAAGCAGCGUGCUCAGCUCUGAAGCGGUGGUCUAUGUCAUCAAACAGCUCUCCAGGGAGCCCUUCCAGUCCGCGGGCGCCCUCCGCGAGGAGGCCUCCCAGAUCUUGGACGAGAUGAGCCACAAGCUGCGGCUGGGAGCCAUCCGGUUUUUGGCCUUCACCCUGAGCAAGAUAUUUAAGCAGAUUUUCUCAAAAGUGUGUGUCAAUGAAGAAGGUAUUCAGAAGCUGCAGCGAGCCAUCCAGGAGCACCCGGUCGUCCUGCUGCCCAGUCACCGGAGCUACAUCGACUUCCUGAUGCUGUCCUUCCUCCUGUACAGCUACGACCUGCCCGUGCCGGUCAUCGCCGCGGGAGUGGACUUCCUGGGCAUGAAGAUGGUCGGCGAGCUGCUGCGGAUGGCGGGCGCCUUCUUCAUGCGGCGCACCUUCCGCGGCAACCGGCUCUACUGGGCGGUGUUCUCGGAGUACGUGAAGACCAUGCUGCGGAAUGGUUAUGCUCCUGUUGAAUUUUUCCUCGAAGGGACAAGAAGCCGCUCUGCCAAGACCUUGACCCCUAAAUUCGGUCUUCUGAAUAUCGUGAUGGAACCAUUUCUCAAAAAAGAAGUUUUUGACACCUACCUUGUUCCCAUUAGCAUCAGUUACGAUAAGAUAUUGGAGGAAACUCUGUAUGCGUACGAGCUUCUCGGGGUCCCCAAGCCGAAAGAGUCCACCACUGGGUUGCUGAAAGCCAGGAAGAUUCUCUCCGAAAAUUUUGGCAGCGUCCACGUGUACUUCGGAGACCCCCUGUCCCUGCGGUCCCUGGCCGCGGGCAGGAUGAGCCGCAGCCCGUACAACCUGGUUCCCAGGUACAUUCCGCAGAAGCAGUCGGGGGACACUCACACCUUUGUCACCGAGGUGGCCUACAGAGUGCAGCUUCUGCAGAUCCAGAACCUGGUGCUGAGCCCGUGGGUGCUUGUCGCGGCGGUCCUGCUGCAGAACCGGCCGUCCGUGGGCUUCAGCGCGCUGGUAGAGAAGACUCUGUGGCUGAAGGGCUUAACCCAGACCUUCGGGGGCUUUCUCAGCUGGCCAGAUGACGAGCCCGCGGACGAGGUGGUCCAGUCCAGCAUCCUCCUGCACGACAACGUCGCCAGCCUUGUCAAAGACCGGGUGGCCCUGAAGCUGGACUCCGGCGACUCGGAAGUGGUCCACGGCCUCAUCCACCAGCACGUCAUUCUCCUCACGUGCGCGGCCUACAGGAACCAGCUGCUCAACACCUUCGUGCGUCCCUCCCUGGUAGCGCUGGCGUUGCACAUGGCCCCUGGGUGCAGGAAAGAGGACAUCUACAGCUACUUUCACUUCCUGCGCGGCUUUUUGUCGGAGGAGUUCAUCUUCCUUCCGGGAAGCGAGCUACAGGACUUUGAAGAAGGCUGCUACCUGCUUAGUAAAAGUGAGACCAUUCAGAUGACAGCGAGGGACAUCCUAGUGACAGAGAAAGGAAAAACCGUGCUAGAGUUUUUAAUAGGACUCUUUAAACCUUUUAUAGAGUGUUACCAGAUCAUUUGCAAAUACCUGCUGAAGGAAGAGGAAGACCACUUCACCGAGAAGCAGUACUUGGCUAGAGUUAGGACGUUCACGAGUCAGCUUCUCGAUCAAGGUGCCUCGCAGUGCUACGACGUGCUGUCUUCCGACGUGCAGAAGAACGCCUUAGCGGUUCUGGUGAAGCUCGGUGCGGUAGAGAAGAAGAAGGUAAACAAUGAGUGUGUACUUACUGUGAAUGAGCCCGUCGUGACAAAGCUACAGGACAUGCUUGGCUGUAAGACGCCAGUAGGAAAACCAGCAACUGCGAAACUUUAACGAUUGCCAAACGGUUACGGAGAUGUCGGUCAUGAAGUGUCCGAGGACUCCUGUCACAGCAAGCAGGGACGUGAA